ACACGCACACACACAUACACACACACACUCACUCUCUCACUCUCUCUCUCACACACACACACUCACACACAGACACACACACGGGCAGCGGGAGCCGGUUAGACCUCAGUCCGUGUCGCACCGAGCAGGACGUCCAGCUUCUGGUCCGGAGAGUCCCGUGGAGAGUCCAACCCGCCGCCGGGCCGAGCCGCGCCGCGCACCGCUCCUGUUGUUUUGUGAGUCGGCUAGCCUGCCAGCUAAUGUUAGCUAUUUCCUGGUUGGUGUUUCAGCCAUUUUGGGGUUUUACUGAGAAACUGCUAGCCAGCCUUGGUGUCCGCGGCAGCGCCAGCUAACGUCAGCCAGCCGUGUUUUCCAGCCAGAGGCCAGCGGGAGAAACGCCGUGACAUUUUACACGAGGGGAUUUACUCCACGACGAGUCAACGAUGAAUCCCGAAUAUGACUAUUUAUUCAAGCUGCUGCUGAUCGGUGACUCCGGUGUUGGAAAGUCUUGCCUUCUCCUCCGAUUUGCAGAUGACACAUACACAGAAAGCUACAUUAGCACUAUCGGUGUGGACUUCAAAAUACGAACCAUAGAACUAGACGGAAAGACCAUCAAACUUCAGAUCUGGGACACGGCGGGCCAGGAGAGGUUUCGUACAAUCACAUCCAGCUACUACAGAGGUGCUCACGGUAUCAUCGUCGUCUACGAUGUCACGGACCAGGAGUCGUUCAACAACGUCAAACAGUGGCUACAGGAGAUCGACCGCUACGCCAGCGAAAACGUCAACAAGCUGUUGGUUGGGAACAAGUGCGACCUGACGACGAAGAAGGUGGUGGAUUACACAACAGCCAAGGAAUUCGCCGACUCCCUGGGCAUCCCGUUCCUGGAAACAAGCGCCAAGAACGCCACCAACGUGGAGCAGGCCUUCAUGACCAUGGCUGCCGAGAUCAAGAAGAGGAUGGGCCCCGGGGCCACGGCCGGCGGCGGGGAGAAGCCCAACGUCAAGCUGACGCCCGGCACCACCGUCAAGCCUUCGUCAGGAGGAUGCUGCUGAGAGACAGAGAGAGUGAGAGAGAGAGCGAGAGAGAGAGAGCGAGAGAGUAAAACGCCCACUUCCUGUGCCCCCCUCCUCCUCCUCCUCUUCCUCCUCUUCCUCCCCUCCUCCCCCAGCCUGCCCUCCAUCCUCUAAACUCCACUGUGUCCCAACGAGAGGACGGGCGAGAGACGAGUCACGUGUGUGUGUGUGAGAGAGUGUGAGGCUGAGUGUGUGAGUGUGUGUGUGUGUGAGCGUGUGUGGAAGAGUGCAAGCAGAAGAAAACAUGAAGUUGCCUGUUAUUUGUACUAUACAUACUGUAGCCGCACUACCAAAACAAAUAAAGGCUCCCUCAUCUCUUACUGUCCUGGUAGUUGAUAAUAAAUUAUUUGGACAAAAUAUAAUUCUACUUCCCACUUCUCUCAGAGGCGAUAGGUUCUGUUUGGCCCUCUGUAUGCAGGUUGAUGACAACAGUGUGUGUGUGAGUGUGUGUGAGAGAGAGAAUGUGUCUAUUUCACUGCAUUCCUACAGCGGGGUUGGUGUACGACUUGGAUUCAUUAAGGUUUUUUUUUCUGUUUGUAUGUACCAUUUUUUUUGUUGUUUUUUAUUUUGCUCCUGUCCCUCGAUGAUUAUUUUGCUGUGUGUAUCAGCGUGUGUCGGUCUGUCCCCGUUUUUUAAAUUUUUAUUUUUAUUUUUUUGUCCCGCCAACUUCUGCACAGCAGUGUCUCACUGUCCAGCAUCGAAAAGUCUAGUGCAAAAAUAUAUGUACAUAAACAUUAUGUAUAUAUAUAUAUAUAUAUAAAUAUAUAUAUAUAUAUACAGUAUGUGUAAGAUCUGAUUUGCCAGUUCUGUAGUGCUCAGUACAUCAUCGGGUAGUCUUGACUCUUAUCUCUGCAUUCGACUUGUGGCUGAACAUAGUUGUCAGUUUGUUGCUCAACAUGUAACAUUUAAAACUGAGAAAAUAAAUAUUGUACUACCAGACUGUAUGGAACUGAAAGGUCUGUCUGCAGUUCUUGAUGAUACGAAACUUGUUUUAAUUAUUUAUUCUACAUUUAUUUGGCAAGUCUACUGCCGGUGACUUAGGCUCUGUUUGCAGAUUGGCCAGUUCCUGUGUAAUCUCCGAACAGAAUUGCAUAUUAAAACAAACAAACAAACAAAAAACACUAUGUUUUCUUGUUUUCAUAAUAAAGACAACUGAACUCAGUUUUGAAGGAA